UAUUCGUUGAAAUGAGACUGGAUAAACCCUAAUCACUAAGCACAUCAAUCUUUCUUUCUCUCUGGCUCUUCUGCAUCAGAAGAACUGAUUUCUGAGAUAAUCAACAUGGCGGCUUCCUAUGACUACGAUGAUGCUGCCGGUGCAGGAGGUUAUCAGCAACAGCCUCAGGCGGAUACGUUGGGAUACGACCCAAACUUUGUUCCUGAUUCCGUGAAGUCAUUCGUUGUUCACCUCUAUCGGCACAUCAGAGAGAAGAAUGUGUACGAGAUUCAUCAAAUGUACGAAACCUCGUUCCAAACACUCAGUGAUCGAAUGUUCAAGGAGACUCCUUGGCCAUCUGUCGAAGCUGUGGCUCCCUAUGUCGACAAUGACCACGUUUUCUGCUUACUUUACCGUGAAAUGUGGUUCCGUCAUCUCUAUGCUAGAUUGUCGCCAACUCUUAAGCAGAGGAUUGAUUCCUGGGACAAUUACUGCAGUCUAUUCCAGGUUGUUUUGCAUGGAGUUGUGAAUAUGCAGUUGCCAAACCAGUGGCUAUGGGAUAUGGUGGACGAAUUUGUUUACCAGUUCCAGUCAUUCUGUCAGUAUCGGGCUAAGAUGAAGAGCAAGACUGAGCAGGAGAUUACGCUUCUGAAGCAGCAUGAUCAGGCUUGGAAUGUGUAUGGUGUGCUCAAUUACUUGCAAGCACUUGUGGAAAAAUCCUCGAUCAUUCAAAUUCUAGAGCAGGAGAAGGAAGAAGGCCAAGAACAAUUCACUGCUACUGAUGGAUAUGAUUAUAGUGGCGGAAGCAAUGUGCUGAAAGUGUUGGGAUAUUUCAGUAUGAUAGGUUUGUUACGAGUCCAUUGUUUGCUGGGUGACUAUUACACCGGUCUUAAAUGCUUAAUGCCAAUUGACAUCAGUCAACAAGGUGUCUACACCAGUGUUAUUGGAAGCCAUAUCACCACCAUAUAUCAUUAUGGAUUUGCCAAUCUUAUGUUGCGAAGGUAUGUAGAUUCAAUCCGUGAAUUCAGCAAGAUCCUUUUGUACAUCUACAAGACAAAACAGUACCACCAAAAAUCAUCCCAGUAUGAGCAGAUACUGAAAAAGAACGAGCAGAUGUAUGCAUUGCUCACUGUUAGUCUCUCCCUUUGUCCUCAAGUGAAGCUUGUAGACGAGACUGUGAACUCUCAAUUGCGAGAGAAGUAUGGGGAAAAAAUGUUGAGAAUGCAGAGAUACGAUGAAGAAGCAUUUGCUCUUUACGACGAACUCUUCUCUUAUGCAUGCCCCAAAUUUAUUACUCCAUCCACACCUAGCUUUGAAGAGCCACUUGUGAAUUACAACCAGGAUGCUUACAGGCUUCAGUUGAAGCUAUUCCUUUAUGAAGUGAAGCAACAGCAAUUGUUAUCAGGAUUAAGGACCUUUUUGAAAGUUUACUCGUCGAUCUCCCUGGGAAAGCUUGCCACAUACCUGGAAGUGGAUGAAUCAUCCCUAAGGACAAUUUUAAUGACCUAUAAACACAAGACCCAUGCUGUAAACACUGAUGGGAAAAUCAUUUCGAAUGCUGACAUUGAUUUCUACAUUGUUGAUGACAUGGUUCAUGUUAUCGAGUCAAGACCAGCUAAGCGAUACGGGGACUACUUUUUGAGGCAGAUAGUAAAGCUUGAGGGUGUAAUGACGGAUUUGGACAGAAUAAAGCUGGAUUGAUAUUCUGAUAUGGGUAAAGGUAGUUGAUCCUUGCUUUGUGAGAAGUUCUUAUACUGAUACAUCUUUCUUGGUUUUAUUGAAGAAUCAGUUGGUUGUUAUUUUUAUUAUUUUUGGAUAUCAAACAUAUAUUGGAUUUUUAUUUAUCUUUCUCUA